CCGGAGACGCGGCUGGGGCCAGCGCGGCCGGGGCGCCGUCCCAGGGCUGGGUUGCCCGGCCCCGGCCCCGGCCCCGGGAUCCCCAUGAAAAACCAGCUCCGCGGGCCCCCAGUGCGGGCGCACAUGUCGACUUCGGGGGCGGCGGCGGCGGCUGGGGGCACUCGGGCGGGGUCGGAGCCCGGUGCGGGAUCUGGGUCCGGCGCAGGCAUCGGAGCGGGAGCAACGACGGGAGCGGGGGCCAUGCCCUGCAAGAGCGCCGAGUGGCUGCAGGAGGAGCUGGAGGCGCGCGGUGGCGCGUCCCUGCUGCUGCUGGAUUGCCGGCCGCACGAGCUCUUCGAAUCGUCGCACAUUGAGACGGCCAUCAACCUGGCCAUCCCGGGUCUCAUGCUGCGCCGCCUGCGCAAAGGCAACCUGCCCAUCCGCUCCAUCAUUCCCAACCAUGCCGACAAGGAGCGCUUCGCCACGCGCUGCAAGGCGGCCACCGUGCUGCUCUACGACGAGGCCACGGCGGAGUGGCAGCCCGAGCCCGGCGCCCCCGCCUCAGUUCUCGGCCUGCUCCUGCAGAAGCUGCGAGACGACGGCUGCCAGGCCUACUACCUCCAAGGUGGUUUCAACAAGUUCCAGACGGAAUACUCCGAGCAUUGUGAGACUAAUGUGGACAGCUCGUCCUCACCGAGUGGCUCGCCACCCACCUCCGUGCUGGGCCUGGGGGGCCUGCGCAUCAGCUCUGACUGCUCAGACGGCGAGUCGGACCGAGAGCUGCCCAGCAGUGCCACUGAGUCGGAUGGCAGCCCUGUACCAUCCAGCCAGCCGGCCUUUCCGGUCCAGAUCCUGCCCUACCUCUACCUCGGCUGUGCCAAGGACUCCACCAACCUGGAUGUACUUGGCAAAUACGGCAUCAAAUACAUCCUCAACGUCACACCCAACCUGCCCAACGCCUUUGAGCAUGGUGGUGAGUUCACGUACAAGCAAAUCCCCAUCUCUGACCACUGGAGCCAGAACCUCUCUCAGUUCUUCCCCGAGGCCAUCAGCUUCAUUGAUGAAGCCCGCUCCAAGAAGUGUGGUGUCUUGGUGCACUGCCUAGCAGGCAUCAGCCGUUCAGUGACAGUUACUGUAGCCUACCUGAUGCAGAAGAUGAACCUGUCCCUUAACGAUGCCUAUGACUUCGUCAAGAGGAAAAAGUCUAACAUCUCGCCCAACUUCAACUUCAUGGGGCAGCUGCUGGACUUUGAGCGGACGCUGGGACUCAGCAGCCCAUGUGACAACCACGCACCCAGUGAGCAGCUCUACUUCUCCACACCCACCAACCAUAACCUGUUCCCAAUCAACACGCUCGAGUCCACGUGAGGCCUGGGGCACUGAUGGGCGCAGCACCAGGGUCUCCCAGCCCUUCACGGGGCCUGGUGGGGGCCCUAGCCUGCUGCCCCUCUGGCCUGAAGAACCCACAGAUGUCACCUGUGUCCAGAGAACCAGGCUGAGCAGUGGCUGAGUUCCCAUGCCAUCCUGUGCAGGGUCCUGUGGCAGCACUUGCCAGAUGGCCUCAGCUUUCCAGACAUGUUGCUAAGCGAGCGUUGGCCUCAGCUUUCAGACUUGCGGCUUGGGGGCCAGCGGGGCCUUGCCUCUGCCCCAGGACAUCCAUUCGGCUGAUAGCCCAGCCAUUCUGGCUAUUUUUAAAGACAUAUCCACAGACCUGAGGUUGCUACUUUUGGCAGGUAAAUCCGAGCUCGCUGGAGCAGAGUUCAAGCUCUUCUCGGUUUUUCUUUUCUCUUCUUCCUUUUUCUUUCUUUCUUUCUUUCCUUUUUUUUUUUUUUUUUUUAACAAAAAGUGUUUUUUUUCAGGCUAAAUGCAACAAUGGAUUGUAUAAACCGAUAUUUCACCCCCUUUCUUAGAGAGAGAGAGAGAGAGUGUUCUCAGUUUCUUGUUUUAAAAAGCAAACCAUGGAUGUAUUUUGUUUUCAAUGGAAAAGACAAACCCCAUGUUCUUGACCAAAUGCAUUUUGCACGUGUGUGAAGUCUGAUUUCCCAGCAGGCCAUUCUGGAAGGGUGGGUUGUCGCUCUCUGGGCAUCAGGACCCUGGUUCUACCAUCUCCUACAUGUGAUCCAGCCCACCUCAGUGCCACCUUCGCACAGUCCCAUCACUAGGAGCUGCGCCUGGUGGGCACUGGUGGUCUUUGUGUUGUCUGCCCUCCUACCAACCUUCUGAGAGUCCUGCAGACCUCCCUGCCAAGUCCUACUGGAGGUGGUGCUGCAGGGGAGUGGCAAGCAGUAGCAUUAGCCAUCUGGGCUCCGCCCCUGAGAGGGCUGCGCCCUGGCCCUUUCAUAAACUGCCCACCACUUCUGUCCUCAUCUCUGUCUCUGAACUGGGAAUAGAGGCCCACAGUGCCUGUGUAAAGCCUUCCCAGUCCCUUAGCUUUGCUGUAGACUCCAACAAAGUUCACCCCCAGCCCCCUUGUCCAGGUGCACACCUGCCCUGGCCCAUGUUGCCCGUGCCUUUUACCUGCAGGCAACCUACACCUAUUGCGGCCCAAGAGCUGGGGCAGGUGGGGCAAGGACUGGCUAGUGGAGGGUGAGAGGCCCCCAUCCCAGGAUCCAUAGCACAAAGCCACGGGCUCCAUAAUAGUCCUCCGGUUUCAUCGCUUCUUAGCCUUGCUUCUCCCUGGGCACCAUGAGGAACAGGAAGUGCUGGGGUCCUGAUGGGACGCACACCCACAGGGGGCAGUGACUGAGGCCACAUCUUACCUCACAGGGCUGUUUUUCAGGGAUUCUUUAGGGAAGCAGUUUAAAAUCUUGCCACAGUUGAGAAAUUGGCAAAAAAAAC